AUGGCCACCCGAAUCGCCAAGAAGAUCGUCGUCGUGGGCGGCGGCAACAGCGCCGGCUACUUCGCCCGCGCCGUCGUCGCCGCCGGCCGCGGCGCCGACCUCACCGUGAUCAGCGCCGAGGACGUCCUCCCGUACGAGCGCCCCGCGCUGACGAAGGCUUUCCUCAACGAGACCGGGCCCGCGCGCCUCCCGGGGUUCCACACGUCCGUCGGCGGCGGCGGCGAGCGACAGAACCAGGAGUGGUACGACGCCAACGGCGUCGAGGUCCACCUCGGCACCAGGGUGGUCUCCUGGGACGCCGCGUCCAAGACGGUCACCACCGACACGUCCGCCUCGUUCGGCUACGAGAAGCUCAUCGUCGCCAUCGGGUGCACCGCGCUCAAGCUCCCGGCGUCCAUGGGCGGCGACCUCCCGGGCGUACACUACGUCAGGGACCACGCGGAUGCGCUCGCGCUCUACGACGCCAUGUCCAAGGCCCGCGCACCCGUGGUCAUCGGCGGGGGCUACAUCGGACUCGAAGCCGCCGCCGCGUUCGCCGCUCGCGGCGCCAAACCCGCCGUCGUCAUGAUGGAACCCCACGUGAUGGCGCGCCUCUGGACCCCGACGAUCGCGGCGCACUACGAAACGCUGUACGAGUCCAAGGGGUGCGUCUUUCACAAGAACGCCAAGGUGAGCGCCAUCGCGCGGGGCGAAGACGGCCGAGUCGAAUCGGUCGAGUUGGAAGGGGGCGUCACCUUGCCCGCGGAUCUCGUCGUGGUCGGCGUCGGCGCAGGCGCCGUCACCGCCCCGUUCGACGCCCUGGACACCACCCCGGACGCCAGGAACCCGGGUGGUAUCCUCGUGGACCACACGUUCGCCGCGUCCGGGGUUAACGUCGAGCCCAAAUCCGUGUACGCCAUCGGCGACGUCGCCGCGUUUCCGCUCGCGUUCGACGAUAACCAAACGGUUCGCAUGGAGCACGUCGCGCACGCUCGCGCCUCCGCGGCGCACUGCGCGCGGUGCAUCCUCGCCGCGGACGACGACGACACACAAACGGCGAACGCUCCGUACCGAUACACGCCUUACUUUUACAGCAGGGUGUUCGAACAGUCGGACUCGACUCGCAAAGUCGCGUGGGUGUUUUACGGGUUGCAGCGAGGCGACGUCGUCUGCGUCGGCGAUUUCGCGCCCAAGCUCGCGGCGUUUUGGGUGAACGAGGGCGUCUGCGUCGGCGCCAUGCUCGAGAGCGGCACCCCCGACGAGGUCAAGGCCGUGCAGGCCAUCGCCGAGGGUAGGCCGUCCGUGGACGUCGAGAAGCUCCGGGCGUGCGCCACCGCGGAGGCGGCGCUGGCACUCUUUGCGUGA